UAUUGACUAAGCCGUUAGGUUACUAUAUCUAAGGCAGAAUACAUAUAUUAACAAAGUUAAGUGGGCAUUGUCAUAUUUCAAGAGUUUCCUGUCUUCUCUAGAGUCUCAUUCUUUGUGGGUAACCCUGUACCAUUCGUACCAUAAGCUAUAAAAAUACUUUAAACAGCAUUCUCGGUUUGAAGCUUUGCCUAAAUUGUUAAAAAAACUUUGCUCUCCCACUUAUAUUUAUUAUCUUUCCUUUUUAUUCACUACAAAUCAAGUCAAAAUAAAGUAUAUUUACGUUGUAUUAAGGUAUUUCAUGUUUUCAAUAUUGAAAACUUUUCUUUUUGAAGACCUAUUGAAAUGAAUAAAAAAGUUUUGAAUUUCUAAAAUGCAACCAAAUAAAUUUACCUGUCUCAUACUUGGGCGUAAAAUCAACACUAGAAGAACUAGAGGUAAAAAAAGUCGUACAUGGAAUUUCGCAUAAUUUGGACCUUUUCUCAUGAUAAUGAUUGAUUGUAUGUUAAUGUUAGCUGCAAAGUUAACUGUAUUAAAUCUUAUAAAAACAAAAACUAUAAAAAUCAAUUAACGUUUAAUGCGUGUAAAACAGUAACAAAAAUUCAUUGUUUUUCUAACAAUGAGUAAAGAACCCUGAACAUUAAACAUUGAACAUUAAACAAUAAAUAUAUUGUUGAAGUGAGACGGCCUGGGAAACCCAUAACACUCAUUAUUACUUGCAACCAACGAUGGAAUCAAGUACAACCCAAACCGUUCAGGUUAAAAAUCAUAAGAAUACAGAUCGUCCUAGUAUAGGAAAGAUUGAUCCAACUGAAAGUUGAUUUUUAAUAAUCAAAAUUUUGCACAAUAGCCAUGAAAUCCUUUAUUUUCUAUUACGUAGAAGCGUGGUUCACAUAUUUUAAACUUUAUUAAUAAUCUAUGUGGUAUAAAGGCAGAGAAAGGCCUGGCUGCUGCCUAGUUACCGAACCAGUCGUAAAUAUCAACUCCACUCCGUUUAUACUUCAGGAAAAUGUUACUGGUUUCUGGUUCUUAGUUCUAGAAUCCAGUGUUCUUAGUUCUAGGUUCCUGGUUCUUAGUUCUAGGUUCCAGUGGUUCCUAUAGUUCCUUGGUUCUCUAUGAUGGAAUCUUCUCCUACUGUUGGGUUCAGUUUGUCUGUAUUUAACAGCAUCAGUGCAGUAGAUGAUACUGUUCUAGAGAUAACCUGUCCAGGAUGUAAGGUGACCGUUCACAUCUCCGGAGUUCGUGUGCGCGAGAUAUGUCCCUAUUGUGGAUCCUGGUAUGAUCCUGAAUGUCCCGCGGCACAGCUCGCGAACGGAGCAGCUCGGCCUAGACCGGCCAGCUCGGUCCGACCUACCAGUAGUAGAACUCAGAGUGCAGUUAGAGUACUGCCAGCAAUUCAUGAUCCAACUAUUAGCUCUGGAUCCCAGGAUCAAGGAGCAAUCAGUAACUUCAUGGCCUCCUCCCUGGGACGGAUAAGCUUGAGUUUCCUCGGGAUUGGAGUAUCUGAGAUGAACGAAUACCGUCUCCCUCCUCUACAUACAGGAUCCGAGGGGAAACUAGUUCAGAUUGGUAGUGGAAAUACGUCUCCUCUAAACCAAUCAUUAAAUGGUAGACGGGGGAGUUUACACUCCCAGCUAGCUCAAGCUACAGCUGCUGGUUCAACUACUCCUAACUAUCCUAAGUUUAAGAAGAGUCGGGAGAAGUUUAUAAAGGAGUGUACUGAAGCUAAGAAAUCUGGAGAUUUUACCAAAAUGAUUCAAUUCUACGGAACAGCUUUCCAAAACUUUGCCAAUCUUAACGCAGUUUUCAAG